UCGAUAACUAGUUCUUACCAAAAUAAUUAUUAUAAUUCUCGAUGAACGGGUAGAAAUGUAUAGAUUGUCGAGUCUUCCCUUUUCUUUUCUUAAAAAAUAUCAUACCGUGCUUGUCCAGCAGCGCUUACCACGCUCUGGUUUAAUUUCCGUAUUUAGAAUUUCACGUCAGUUUGGUUAAAUGCCUUGGGAUUGUAACCCUGGCAACAUCGAAAAAGAGGCCCUCAGGAGACAGUCAGUGAUUCCGCCAUUUUUUCACUUGGAUUUUCUUCCCCGACCCAGCCGAGCUCGGCUUUAAAUUAAAUAUUCGGGACAACGUUCUCAUCUUUGGUAAGUCAUCUUACAUUCGUUUGUGAAGAUCGUGAAAUUCAGAAUCUGUUGUUGGAUUAUGCGAUUAGUGACGUGAACCGUUUAUUUCAGCUGCCCUCAGUGUGUGAUCGUGCCUUGCGGUUAACCCGUUUCCCGAAAGGGCGAGCCAGGCGCGUCCUGGGCUCUCCGGAGUUGACAUUCGCUCACUCAUAAACCCCCGCAAGACGAUUUUCCUCCGACAGGUAAGGCGUCGUUCCUAUACUUUCGUCAGAAAUUGUAUGACCCGCCAUGCGGUCGCAUAAAAUUAUCCCGCAUAACGCUGAAUGUUGUGCUGUAAUAUAACCCCAAAGGGUUACGCAUGGAAACCCUGUGUUCCUAUGUGAAACGGACUCUCACGUGGCACGGACCACGGAUUCUUGGCGUGACCUGAGUCAGUGGAACUAAUCCCGUACCCGGAAUUUUCCAGGAGGUGUCUACUAGGGGCGCGGCCUUUGGUAGGCCAGAUCCUGUACCAGUCGACCUGUGCAGCUGGCCCCGCCAGAGUCGGAGCUAUUGGAACCUCCGGCCAUCUGGUCGAGAGAGCCGUCGACUGUCGCUACAGUGCAGCUAAGCCUUUCACUAUUUUUCCCUAAACUGCGAUUUUGGACUAUUCACCUUUUAGUAUUAACUAUCAAAUAGCGCAAUCGACCAAGUAUCACCAACGAUAAUUAAAACCUGGUUAUAUAGACAUAAAUUUAGAAUUUAAUUUACUACCAAUAAGUCGUCAAAUAGUGAUUAAGCUUAAAAGUGUAAUCUUAACUAGCCCGACAAUUAAAUUGUUCCUGUCCACUAUCGGGUUGUUUGUUUUAUCUCCUUCGGUGAACCUUAGUUUAAAAAGAUAGUAUUACAGCGGCGCCCGAAUAGGUUUGGUGAUAUUUGGCUUCUUUCCCUCCAAAAUUCAGCGAAGGUUUGAGCUUGGUUUUUUUGCGCUAUUGUAUUUCACUGUAACUUACUUUAAAAAUAUUUAAAUUUAAUUGACUUUUGGUUAGCAAGAGUGUCUAACCACAUGUUUUGUCUGGCACAGUCAGCACCUACUGUUGUAUUACACUUCCAUGUCAUUUUACGGUACUAGGUUGAUCUAGGGAAGAAAAUCCAUUGUUUACAUUUAUUUUUUAGUUGUAUUUACUUUAAGGACUCUUUACAUCCACUUUUAUUUUUAUGAAAACAUUAUUUUCAGUGUGUUUAAUGUUAUUUCAUAUUACUUGUUGACUCUUUAAGAGUGUGCUAUACCUAAACUGGUGAACUUAAACUUGUUGUUGGUCGAUAACGCUAUAACAUUCUUUAACUUAUAAACUAGGUAAUUAUUUCUUUUCGGGAAAAAAUAUACGGAAAAUACAUUUAAUAUUUAAUAGUGAUAACCUUUACUACUGUAACAAUGGCGAAUGAGACCGCUUUGGAGGAGCGUCCAAUAGCUUUUAACCUCUUAAAAAAAGAUGAACUCGAGUAUGAAGUGACGGUGCGCCUCGGGGUACCACUGACUACAGUGAUGGAGCUCCGGAGCCAGCUCCGGAAGUUGAAUCAGGAGAUUCCCACUGACGAGGUCGCAGAUUACAAUGGUGACGUCAAGGAAGAACUGGACAUAAUAUCUGCAAAGAUGGACGACCUUCGUGACCAGCUGCAGUCACCAGCACAGCGUCGUACUUCCUUGAAGCUUCUUAACCGCGUACAGGCGGUUGCACACCAUCUUUACCACCGUCUAACCCGCCUAACACCAACUGAAUCAGAGGCCUCAAGGCAUUGUGAAUUGAGUGAUCAGUUGGAUAAACUACUAUCUCGCCUUGACAAUGUAUUGAUUAAUUUUAGAAGUGCAUUGUCAAGGGAUGUCGCACUCGAGGUUGACAAACCGAAUCCUACAGCCCUACCAGCAUGCACAAAACACAAUAAUUUGGUGCAAAAAUUAAAUUUAAAAUAUGACGGCAAGACCUGUGUCAAAGCGUUCCUACGUAAGUUAGAGCAAGUGCGUGUGUCACGUGACAUACCGGAUUCAACCUUAUUUCGCUCCGCCUGCGAACUCUUCACGGACGAGGCAUCCUCGUGGUUUAACGGAAUCUGUGAUCAAGUACACUGCUGGACGGACCUAAAGGCUGUGAUGAUCCGUGAUUACCUCCCAUUAGAUUAUAAUGUCCGACUUAUGAGGGAAAUACGUGCUAGGACGCAGGGUUUUGAUGAGUCAAUAGUUAACUAUGUCAGCGUAAUGCUUAAUUAUUUUUCCCGUUUAGAGACACCCUUACCAGAGUCCGAGAAAUUAAGUAUAUUGGUACAAAACGUCAGACCAUUUUAUUCUAAACAACUGGCAUUAUUUAAAAUAGAAUCUAUAAGUGACCUUAAAGAUCGUUGUCGGCAGCUAGAGGCCGCCACUCAAAGCGCCAAACGUUUUGCCGAGCCUGACAGAGAUUUAAGUAAAUCACUGGCCCACGAUUUGGUUUACAAGCCACUCACAACAAAAACUAUCUCGGCAGUGCAAGCAUCGGCUGACUUUUGUGUGCGGUGCCGCGUGGACGGUCACACCUUGAAAACUUGUAAAGCAGCUCCUAAGCUCGUUUGUUAUCGCUGCGGCGAGAAGGACGUAACAGCCCGUACUUGCCCUAAAUGUGCGUCCACACCUAGUACCUCAAAAAACUAAUAACGCCGAGUCAGGGUAUGGCUGAUCCGGUUUCCACAAAAAUUACUAAAAAAUAUAAAAGUAGAAUAUUUAUUCGCACGCCUAUAUUUAGUAAUCCCAGAAAGCCCACUCUAGAAAACCAUACACAACUCAAUAGUUCUUCUAAUAACAAAUACCCUAGCUCUUCAGCACCCAUUACCCUACUUAACCAUCACUUACUUGCACCUAAUGCUGUAUCAACUUCAUUGACAACAAAAGGCCAAAGCCGCCCAUUACAUACCAUAUCGAUGCCAAUUACUAAAACUGACACCCUUAACCCGCUUACUACUGCUUUUAUACCCACGAACAUAACCCCACCCGCUUCACUCUCCUAUCCUACCCUUACUAACCUCACUAAUACCCUUAACCCGCUUACUAAUGCUUUUACCCCCACUAACAUAACUCCACCCGCUUCACUCUCCUAUCCUACCCUUACUAACCACACUAACACCCUUAACCCGCUUACUAACGCUUUUAACCCUACUAACAUAACCCCACCUGCUUCACUUCCCUAUCCUACCCUUACUAACCUCACUAACACCCUAAACCCGCUUACUAACGCUUUUGACCCCUCUAACAACAUAACCCCUCCCGCAUUAUUUCCCCACCCUGCCUUUACAAACCUAACUAAUCCCUUAAACCUCCUUACUAACGCUUUUAUCCCCAUUAACUACAUCACUUUACCCGUUUUACCCCCCACAAUCCCUAUUUGGCAAAAUAACUUGACUUACCCACUUAACGAAAUUUACCCUAAUGUAAAUUACUGUGUAGAAGCACUACCUAAAACCCCCACAGCCCAUAUUUGGCAAAAUAAUGUAACUUACCCAAAUUAUGAAAUUUACCCAAAUGCAAAUUAUGGUGUAGAGGAACCGACUCAAUCUUCCACAACACACAUUUAUCAAAAUAACGAAACUUACCUACAUAACCAAAUUUACCCCAGUGCAAAUUAUUAUA